CAGUGACGUUAGCUAAAAAAAGAAAAUAAACAGUAUUUGAUAUCAACACAAUCCGAGAUGAAUCCUGUGUACGAUUUUAUUCAGAAAAACCGCGUUUUGGCCUUAAUAGAGAAGGCUCAAAAAUCCAGUGCGCGUAAUUUAGCUUUAGACGAUUUCGAUUUAACUCAGUUUCCAGAGGUGCUAAUAACAUGCCAAGGUCUUCAUAUCCUUAACAUAGGUCACAACAGGAUCGUGGAGAUCCCAAUGGAGAUAUCCCAGUUGAAGAAUCUCCAACAUUUAUCCUUAGAAUAUAAUCAAUUAGAUAGGUUUCCCGAGGCAUUGAAGCAUUGUCCGCAGCUUGUCAGUUUAAAUCUAAGUCAUAACCCCGUGAAGGAGCUCACCCGUGAUAUAGGAUGUCUAGUGUCUUUGGAGAUGCUUUGGUGUAAUUCGUGCUGUUUGACUAGCAUUCCCGAGGAAAUAGGAAAUCUAACGAAGCUGGAGACUUUCGGUGCUAGACAUAAUAAAAUUGUCAAAUUACCUAAUAGGAUUGGAGAACUUGUAAACUUAAGAUGGUUAACGAUGGAAGACAACUGCCUCAACAACGUUCCCCAUAACUUUGGAAAGCUAGAAUUAGUCAAACACAUUAAUUUUAACAAGAAUAAUUUUAGUUACAUUCCGUAUAGAUUUGCCAAGUUGAAGAACCUCAAGUAUUUGCAUCUACAGAGCAAUGAAUUCUUCGUUCUUCCAGUUAGAACCAUAUCUGCGAUGCCAAACACCAGAUUUAACUUUCAGAAUAACCCUGUAGGAUUGGAAGAUUAUAAGAUAUUCACCAACGUGAUACUAUCAGGAACCGAAGACGAAAUAUUGGAUAUGUUCGGUUACGAUUCUGAUUCGAGUUCAGACGACUGGGACAAUAGUUUAGACAGCGCCGAUCUAAACUAUUCAGCUACUGACGAUGACAGCGAUAAUGAAAAUAGAGACGUUAUAGGAAAUAUACCCAUUCUUUCUAAGUUUUUGGUAACGUGUUAAGUAUUAUGUAGGUAGGAACGUUUCCAUCGAAUCUUAAAAAAUGAUAACGGGAUUAUGGAUAUUUUUAAUUCACAACGGUUCCAGAAAAUGUGGCAGCUUCGAUAUUUUUUUCAUCGAUGUACACUGCCAGGCAUAAAAUUAGUUCGCCCUGUAUAUAAGGUUCUUGAACUUCAGAGUGGAACAUAGAGCUUCAGUAAAAACGUGCCAUCAAGUUCUAUUUUGCGCUAAGGUCUUCACCGCGUUCCAAGACUUUCCUUUAUCUCUUAUCUCGUCCAUGAUGGAUCUCCUCCAAGUCUGUGCUGGGCGACCUCUUUUUUUCCUGGGUGAUUCCACUCUAGGGCAGUCUUUGCAGUACUGGAGCUAUUGUUUUCGGAGUGUGUGACCAAUCAAACUCCACUUUCUGGAUUUUAUUUCAUUUUCUACCCUCUUGUUGGGUCAGGUGUAGUAGAUCUUCGUUUCUGAUGGUGUUUGGCCAGAAGAUACGAACAAUUCUUCGUAGACAUUUGUUAACAAAGACCCGCAGUUUGUCUGUAAGGGCUUUUGUCACUUUCCAGGUUUCGCAUCCGUAGAGUAGAACAGACAUAACAUUUGACUGUGAAACGAAGAGGCGAUGGACUACCCCAGCUAAUUGAAAUAAUAUUCGAAAAUAUUACCUCAAUCAUCCAAGAUAGCCAUCGCUACACCCUUGCUUAGCUCAGUCACUCAGGUGUGUGUUUGUCUUGUCCUAAUCUUAGAAAUGAACUAUGAAAGAUUGGAAUGAAAGCAAACAAAACAGUAUUUUUAACUAAUCAUGUUUAUUGUUCAUAAAGAUAUAAUAAAAAUAUGACUUAGUAAAUUGCAUUAACACAUAUAUUCAAAUUCUUGCCAAAAACUAACAAUUUGUAGAUUAUACUUAUGGCUUUGGUAUCUGGUUCGAUGGUAACUUCUUGAUGUCGUAUGGUACUGCUGUAGACUUCUUGUAGGCCUGGGCGGAUCUUCGGCCCUAGGCCCCUGCAGUUGGAGAUGGUAGUUGUUGCAGUCUAGAUGUCCUGGUCUUCAUUUUUGUCAGCCUUAUGAGUAGCAUCACCGGUGAUGAAGGGAGGUGGCUCCUGAAGGAAGAAAGAUGAUUUCUAUCCAAAAACUAUAACAUAAAAAUACACAUAUCAACAAUCAAGAAGUUAAUAACCAAAUUGUACCUUUGCCAAAUAGUAUCCAAAAAUAGUAGAUGGCAAGGGUAAAUUAAAUGGAAUUUAGAUGAGGAGAAUAGUUAAAAUUUGAUUACUAUACUUGCAUACAUGUAAAUUAGAAAGAAAUAUUUAAAACUAAAAUAUCAGAACACAUGGUUUGACAUUGGAGUUAGGUUAGAUAUAAAAAACAUUAGAAAGACUGUUAGAUGGAGAAAUGUAAUUAAAGGAAAAAAAUAAUAAUGAUGUCUUACCCCAAGAGAGAGAUGAUUUGAAUAAAAAUGAUUUAUUUUUCACAUUACAUGCCUUUUAUAAGAUUACCACCGCCAUUUGGAGAAUUGAAGUAGGGAUGAAGUGUCACUUUCAUGACAGUGCGACAUAGGCAGUGGCGGGCAUGUUCCGUAUUGAAAAACAGAUACUUACAGAGUAAGAAUAUACAGGUUACGUUCAGUAUGAUGAUUUAGAUGUUAGAUGAAAAGAGAUAUAUUAAAUAGAAGAUAAUAAAAGAGGGUAAUAAAAGGGGAUAAUAAAAGAGGGCGCCAACGAGUUUUAACGAAGAAACCUGGUAAAACAAAUAGAAGAAAAUUAUUGUUAAUGAAAUAUUAAAGAAAAUAAAAUAAUUAUUUAAAAAUAAAAUAUCAAAGAUGUAACGUUUGUAACGUUACAACUGGAAUAUUCGUAUCUUUGUCCUUGUAGUAUACUCGCCAGACCUCCAAACAGGGUUGAGCAUGCUGAAUGCUUGUUGAGCUUUUCGUAUCCUCAUAUUAACAUCGUCUUCUGUUAUGACACUUCCAAGAUACGUAAAGUUUUACACAUUUUCAUUCUGCAUGUUGUUGAUAAUAAAUAGCGUGUUGUUCCUUGCAUUUAUUUUCAUGUUCUUGGUUUUCCUAAUACUGAUUUUUAAAUCUAUUUUAUUGGCUUCAGUGGAAAGUGUUUCCAAUUGGUCAGCCACAUCUUGGAAUAUUUGUACUAAUUGGUAGAUCUCGUCCAUUGUCAUGUGGUUAACGUUCAUUGUAUCCCUGUUGUGUCUAGUUUGGAGAGAAAAUAGUCUAUAGCUAUGUUAAAAAGAAACGGAGAAAGCACAUAUCCCUGUCUGACUCCAGUAAGUACGUCAAAUUCGUCACUGUUGAUCCCAGUGCGUGUCACGCUGCCUUAGUGUAAAGUGACUAUAAUGGAAAUUAUUUUAAGCGGGAUGUUUCUUAGCUCCAAAAUUUUCCAUAUGGCAGCAUCAGAUAAGCUGUCAAAGGCACGUCAGAAAUCAACAAAAACCAUGUAUAGCGGUGCGUUCCAUUCCAUCGAUUGUUCCAUUAUUACCCUCACAGUAUUAAUGUGGUCUAUGCAGGAGGAUUCUGGUCUAAAGUGUGCUUGAUUAUCUCGGAAUUCAACCUUGUUUGUUAAUCUUUUAUUAGUCUAGUCGCAACAUAGGGGGUCCCGUGGGCACUUUUAGGUCGCCGCGAUUUGAUGGUGGUAUUAUAGGUUUUUUGGGUCGCUGAAUCCAAUGGAAGUGGCCUGGAAGCCCAAAUGUGGUGCGUUUAAGUGUUAUUAACAAAUUAUGGUAAUAUUAGGUGUUUUUCAGGAAUUAUUAGAAGCCCUGUAAAUAAAUUGAUAGUGUUAAGGUCUUCUCUGGUGUAUUUUUGGUCGCUGAAUCGAAUGCGACUAGUCGCGAUUACUCAAAAUAUGUUCUUAUUUUGUUAAUAACAAAAUAAUUGUUAAUUCGCCUAAAAGCUCGAAAUGUGCUAUCUACAGCAAGUUUGUAGUCUUUUUGGUAAUAUCUUUAUACGCUAAAUCGAUUGCCACUAGUCGUGAUAGCUUAAACCACGUUCCGACUUUGUUAUUAAUAAAUCAUUGCAAAAAUAACGGUUUAUAGUACGUUAUAGUAGUAAGGAAGUGAUAUUGUGACGAUGUCUGCUUCAACCCUGGGGGUGAGUUUCACCCCUUUUCGGGGGUGGAAAAAGAAACCUUUAAAAUAAGUCUGGAAUUGGAUAAACUGAUUAAUUAUAAGCAAAUUUUGUUCUAUACAGUGUUUUCAUUAAGAGGAUCGGUACGUAUUUUCGGCUGCAAUGCAAUUCAAAUGGGGAUUCAUUUUUUUCGAAUCCUGAGAAAACUAAUAAGUAUUUUUGAAAAAUUUAAACGCAGAAUGAAAGAUUACGUUAUUAGCGAGGGCAGAAAGUCCCUGAGAACUUCUAUAAUGUUUAUUUUAAUAAGUUACAGGGGUGAAAAACUAAGAGAAAAUGUAGUGUGAUUUUUAAUUUCAAAUAUCUCAUUCGAAAGGAACUUCUUAUAUAUUCUAAGGGACUUUCGGCCCUCGAUAAUAAUUUAGUCUUUCAUUUUGUGUUUAAAUUUUUUAAAAAUAUUUACUAGUUUUUUCAGGAUUCGAAAAAAAUGGACACCAUGUCCGUGGAAAUCGAACAUUCGCUAUCUUUGUCAUACAACGCACUCAUUCGAAUAUAACGUUAUGACAAGACUCAAGACAGUGACAAGUAGAGAUGUGUCCGACCCGCUAUUUUGAUACAGCAGUUCAUUCUGCUACUGCUUUUUAACGCUUUUACGAUGAUAAUAAAAUCAAUCAAAGAGUUGUUUAUUAAAUAAUAUUGAUAGUGUAUUUGAAAAAUAAUAACUGAUUUAAGGCGUACAAUUAAUAAAAAGUUAUUUAUUGUUUAUAUAUUAUUUAUGGAAAAUCCAAGUAUUUCAAGUCAUUUAAGUUCAAAUUAAAGUAUUAUGUUAUAAGAGUUUGUUCCGAUAACGGUAAAUAGGUACGAGUUUAGCUAUAAAGUAAAGUGCCCAUGGUGGCAUAAAAUGUAGUAAAUGCUAAUGCUUCAAGUACGUACUAUAUUUUUGAAGAUUUCACUGCACUUAAAAAGCGUAUUUGCUUUUCUCCGUAGUAUUUGCUACUAUUUACCAGCCUACAUAGAAGAAUGUACUACGCUUUUGAAGUAUGUGCUUGUUUAGUAGUAUUUUGCUUCAGUUUAAGUGAAGUUGGUGGGUGGACGUCUUCGGCGUAGGUAUUUUUUUGUUACAAUAUGGCAGCAUUUAUGAAUGUGUGUCAUAGAAAAAUUUACAAACUAAGAAGAAGAUUCUUAAUUUUUGGGGUCAUUCUUUUAUCAAAUAAAAUUUAAUAAUUGUAAAGAAGAUUAACAAAUAACAAUUGUUCAUUUUUAUCCUCGCGUAACUCUUUUGUCGCUUCGGAUCUGAGUCAUUCAUUUUUACUCAUGUACAAUUCUAAUAAUUUGGUACGUAAAAAUGUGAAUUCACAAAUCACAAUCACAUGAAAAACUAAUUCCAUCACGAUUGGUGUAAUGCAGACACGGCUGGCGCUACGCUUUGUAGUGAUCAUAGUAUCAUUUGAUGUGAUCAUUUGAUAUGACCACAAACAUAUCUACAAUCGACAAAAACUUCCAACAGUCCAAAAUAUAGUUUACUCCUUUAAACGAGAAUACAAUUUAAUGCGAAAAUUGUUGGUUUACCGAUAGAUUUUAUAGAUCAUAUUUUCACUAUAAAUUUAAAAUUAAUUUGAAAAACACAAAAGUAAUUAAUUUGAUUUAUGUAAAAAAAUUACUUACUUCAAUUGAGCUAACCGUCUUUUUCUUCGCUUUUCAGUAACACAUUUCUUGUAACAACGUCCCAUAUUUUAAUUUGCUCAAAUAAAGGAAUAAAUAAGUUCUUUAUAAAUUAAUUGAGUAAUACUACAUUUAUACAACGCAGUUCUUCACAUGUUCAAACCUUAUCUAGGCUUUCCAUGGUAACAGGACAUUAUUAAAAUAACUUUACAACUUUUUUUCCUUUUCGACUAUUUGUAUAGUAUAUAAAUAAUGGUAACCACUGAAUACAUAAUUAGUGAAAAAAUAAUCCUAUCAUUUAUACAAGUAAAGGUUAUCGAAGAACAUUCAAAAACUGAACGAAACCGAAAUAGCCAUCUCUACCUUUCUAAUGACAAUGUCACUGUCAACCUAAUGUUUACAUCUGCAGUUUCCAUACGAGUGAGAAUUUUACUACACGUAGUUUGCCGUGUAAAGACAGAAAAAGUAGGGAUAGCCGUAAAAUAUUUGCGAAUUAUGUACCCAUAGCCUUAAGUCAAUACUUUUCGAGUUAUUUGGUAUUUUUGUUGAGAAAUGAACAUAUUCACUCGCAAAUAACUCGAAAAGUAUUGACUUAGUGAAAGCACUGUAUAAGACAAAAGUUGCUUAGAAUUAAUCAGUUUAUCCACUUCCAGACUUAUUUUAAGGGUUUCUUUUUUCACCCCCCAAAAGGGGUGAAACUCACCCCCAGGGUAAAGGCAGACAUCAGCACAAUAUCACUUGUUUUGUUUGACAUGUUAGCUACGUGUAUGAUAAAUUGCAUGUCAAUUCAAGUGGUUUUUAAAAAUUUAGAGCAAAAACCGUGAGUGAACGUACUAUAAACCGUUAUUUUUGCAAUAAUUUAUUAAUAACAAAGUCGGAACGUGGUUUAAACUAUCACGACUAGUGACAAUCGAUUUAGCGUAUAAAAAUAAUAUCAAAAAGACUACAAACCUGCUGUAAAUAACGCAUUUCAAGCUUUUCAGCGAAUAAACAGUCAUUUUGUUAUUAACAAAAUAAGAACACAUUUUGAGUAAUCGCGACUAGUCGCAUUCGAUUCAGCGACCAAAAAUACACCAGAGAAGACCUUAACACUAUCAAUUUAUUUACAAGGUAUAUUUACAAUGUUCAGAAUUAAUAUCCGAUAUUGAACAGUAUAUUUUUAUCACACCGUAUAUCACAUCAACCAAUUUGUUAUUAUAUUCAAACAUGUGCGGGUUAUUUAAUUUGUUUAAUUGUAGCAAUUUAUAAACAAUAUUUUGGCAAUGGACAUUAAUUUAGCUGACAAAGUAAAAACCUUUGUUCUUUUGUCGUGUGGGCUAUGGCCCAAUUCAUGUUGCCAACAAGAGAGAAUACAUUUUAGAAUAAUUCUCAAGAAUCAAUUCAUCCAGGCCAGAUGUGCCUUUAACUUCAUUCCUUCAUACAUUCAAUAUGUAGCAUCAUAGAGUCUUCAACUAAGUCGCGUACAAGCCACAUAUCAGUACUCAACGUUCUCUCGGGGUAACUACCCUGGUGUCUACCGCUAUCAAUAAAAUAUCUAAGUGCCAUUGGUGUUUCUAUUACUGAAGAUCAUCCUCCACUGAGACCGAGGAUUAGACACAGGGCUUCUAAUAAUUCCUGAAAAACACCUAAUUUUACCAUAAUUUGUUAAUAACAAUUAAACGCACCACAUUUGAGCUUCCAGACCACUUCCAUUGGAUUCAGCGACCCAAAAAACCUAUAAAACCACCAUCAAAUCGCGGCGACCUAAAAGUGCCCACGGGACCCCCUAUAUUGCGGCUAGACUAUACAGGGUGUCCCAGACUAAUGUACCCACGCUAUAUCUCUUAAACAAAGAGAGAUUUUCGAAUGGGACAAAAAGUGAUCUAUUCUACUUGUAAUACACUUUAAUAUGGCGUACAAAAAAAUCAUCCCCUAAAUAUUCAUCCCUUAGUUACAACCCCUAACUUUAAUUUUUUUAAUAGCACCCUGUAUAUUUUUUUAUAGUUUUGGAUGUGGUCUUUUAUCGUCUAUUCAACACAUUAUUUGAAAAAAAAAAUCGGUUCGUAAAUAACCAAGAAACUAUCAGUUUAUUUUUGUUAUAUUUGUAUCAGUGUAUUAUCGUGUGUCCCAGACUAAUUUAUCCAGGCUAUACUUCUUAAACGAAUAGAGAUUUUCGAAUGGGACAAAAACUGAUCUAUUCCAUUUGUAAUACACUUUCAUAUGGCAUGAAAAAAAUUCAUCCCCUAAAUAUUCAUCCCUAACUUAGAGGGUGCUAUUUAAAAAAAAAGUCAGGGGUUGUAACUAAGGGAUGAAUAUUUAGGGGAUAUUUUUUUUCUACGCCAUAUUAAAGUGUAUUACAAAUGUAAUAGAUCAGUUUUUGUCCCAUUCGAAAAUCUCUAUUCGUUUAAGAAAUAUAACCUGUAUAAAUUAGUCUGGGACACAUAAUUAACAAAACUAAACUGAUAUUUUCUUGGUUAUCUACAAACCGAUUUUAUUUUCAAAAAAUGUGUUGAAUAGAUGAUAGAAGACCACAUCCAAAGCUAUAAAAAAAUAUACAGGGUGCUAUUAAAAAAAUUAAAGUUAGGGGUUGUAACUAAGUGAUGAAUAUUUAGGGGAUGAUGUUUUUGUACGCCAUAUUAAAGUGUAUUACAAGUAGAAUAGAUCACUUUUUGUCCCAUUCGAAAAUCUCUCUUUGUUGGAGAGAUAUAGCGUGGGUAAAUUAGUCUGGGACACCCUGUAUGUAUGGUGGUCGUGAAAAUUUUAUUUAUGGUGGUAAGCAAGGUUAUUCCUCUCCAAUCUUUGCACAGUGUGAGGUUGCCCUUUUUUGGAAGCUUAAUAAUGUUACCUUUUUUCCAGCCCACUGGAAUACGGUUUGUUUCCCACACCUCUCGGAUUAUGGGGAGCAAAAGUUCAACACUGAGAUGCGGAUCAGUUUUAAAUAUUUCGGCAGCAAUGUGCUGGAUUCCCGGGGACUUGUUAUUUCUCAGAAAUUUGAUAGCUGUUAUUAUCUCCAUUUUGGAAGGGGUCUCACAACAUAUAUUAUGCAAGUCUGUAUUCUAUGGGUUUUCGACAAUUUCUGCAUUAUCCCUGGGCGUGCCUAGCAUCUCCUGAAAAUGCUCUUUACAUCUCUCUUCUUGGUCAUCUGUUGUAGUAAGUAAUUUAAAAAGAAUAAUGAUUUCUAAAAUAAAUUAAGUUACCUAAUUUGAUGCUUGGCAGUCUAUUAUAACAAUUGUACUUUUAUUGUACAAAACCUAGAGCUUCGUUAAAUUUUUUAAUUUGAUGGGAACCCGGAAUAUGAAUAUUGUUCAAAGAUGUUUUGUGGAUCUAAACUUAAUUUUUUAUAAGCGAUUUAAAUGUUAAGUGAUCCUACAUAUGAAGAUCUUCAACCGAUAAUGCAAAUACUCUCUAUAACGUGAAACCUCCGAAUUGAAAUUUACUUAUUUAUUUUUUAAAAUAAAAUUUCUAUUAUCAGAAA